AAGAGUUCAUCAAGAACAUGAUGGAGAAAAACCCCACGAAACGCUUCACCACUGAACAGGCGCUCAGGCACCCCUGGAUUGUUGGAGACACAGCCAGAGACCAGGACAUUUAUCAGUCUGUGUGUGAACAGUUGGAGAGAAACUUUGCCACAUCCAAAUGGAAGCAAGCCUUCAAUGCAGCCUCUGUAAUCCAGCACAUGAAGAAAAUGUCCCACAGCGUGCCCUCCACACCCUCCAUACCGAACAUCAAACCAGAGUCCUCGUCCCAGAACGACUCGGAGCCU